AUGCUGGUCUCCUUGCUCUUCCCUCGAGUGUGCCGGCCCCUUCGACGCCUCGUCUGGGACUUGCCCCGGUGCCGGUGGGGACUGCGGGGGCAGAAGAGGGCUGGCUGUCCCCACAGGGGUCUGCGAACCGCGAGGACGACCUGCAGCAGCGACGUUACCCCGGUCUUUGCUAGAGCUUUGGCUUUUGGCGAUAAAGUCGCAAUCGUUGACCAAAAUGGUGAGCACACUUACAGGGACCUGCUCAGCCAGAGUCUCCGCUUGUCCCGGGAGAUCUGUAGAGCUCUGGAGUGCUCCAGCGGGGACUUGAAGGAAGAGAGGAUCUCGUUUUUGUGUCCCAACGAUGCCUCGUAUGUGGUGGCCCAGUGGGCUUCCUGGAUGAGCGGGGGCAUAGCGGUGCCCCUUUACAAGAAACACCCCGUGCAGGAGCUGGAGUACGUGAUUCAGGAUUCCCAGAGUGCUCUAGUCCUCGCAGCGGAGGAAUAUGUGGGGAAAAUAGCCCCUAGCGCUGAGAAGCUGGGAGUUCCGGUUCUGCCGCUUCUUAGGGCUCGGGGCGAUGGAUCAGUGAGUCCUGCAGAGGUGGAAGCGGGUCCCUUGACAACCUGCUCCUCGUGGAACGACAGAGGAGCCAUGAUCAUCUACACGAGCGGGACGACGGGAAGACCGAAAGGUGUCCUCAGCACCCACGAGAACGUGCAAGCCGUGACCACGGGCCUGGUUGAAAAAUGGGAGUGGAAGAAAGAGGAUGUUAUUCUGCACGUGCUGCCUUUACACCACGUCCACGGCGUGAUCAAUAAGCUCCUCUGUCCUCUCUGGGUGGGAGCGACGUGCGUCAUGUUACCCGAAUUCAGCGCGCAGGUGGUUUGGAAGAAGUUCCUAAGCUCCCAAGCUCCCCGCAUCAGUGUCUUCAUGGCAGUGCCCACGAUCUAUGCCAAGAUGAUCGAGUAUUACGACAAGCAUUUCUCUCAGCCUCAAGUCCAGGCUUUUGUGCGUGCCUUUUGCCAGCAGAACAUCAGGUUAAUGGUGUCAGGCUCAGCAGCCCUGCCUGUGCCUAUCCUGGAGAAGUGGAAGAGCAUCACUGGGCACACGUUGUUGGAGAGGUAUGGGAUGACUGAGAUUGGGAUGGCGCUUUCUAACCCUUUGCAUGGAGUCCGUGUCCCAGGUUCGGUGGGCACCCCGCUUCCGGGAGUGGAAGUGCGCAUCGCCACUGAGUCCGUGAAGAAUGGUCGUCGUUCCUACACUGUCCAUGCUCAGGGAGAUGAGAACAACACGCAGGUGACACCGGGCCUUGAGGGGCAAGAAGGAGAGCUGCUCGUGAAGGGACCCUCCGUCUUCCGCGAGUACUGGAACAGACCCAGGGAAACCGCCGAUGCCUUCACGCCCGAUGGCUGGUUCAAAACAG